AGAAUGUCUUCCAGAAUUCUUACUGAUAAAAAGCAUUAGAAAACAAGACUAGCAUCUGUCAAAUGGGGCUCCCUCUCCAUUUCUUUCUGCAUAGCUUUCCUUUGGGGGGAGAAGAAGAGGAGAAUAGCAUGAAAAGUGCAAAAUGUUUCAAAUUCCUGUUCAAAAUCUUGAUAAUAUUAGGAAGGCUCGAAAAAAGGUGAAGGGCAUUCUUCUGGAUCUUGGGCUUGACAGCUGCAGGGAAUUGUUAAAGAGUCUUAAAAGUUUUGACCCAGGUGAAAAACACUUUUGUAGCACUUCAUGGAGUGAUGUCUCUCCUUGGGAGUCUGCGGGCAAAAGGAAGAGGUACAGAACAAAGCCUUACUGCUGUAGCUUAUGCAAGUUCUCAUCAAAAUUGCUUACUUCAUUCAAGAAUCACUUGCACCGCUACCAUGAGGAUGAAGUGGACCAAGAGCUGGUGGUUCCUUGCCCGAAAUGUGCAUUUGCUUCUGAUCCCAAAAUAGUGGGAAAACAUAUCCGUAUGUUUCAUUCGUCUAAUAGAAGAAUACAGAACUACACAGUCAGUAUUUUGGAUGGCAUGAAACAAUUCAGGAGUGACAUCAUAAACUUUACGUGUCUAAAAUGUCACUUCACAGACACAUUGUAUUACAAUAUGAAGAAACAUGUGCUGAUGAAUCAUUUUCAGAACUUAAUUAGUACGUAUUUUGGCCAGAAACCUGAUGAAAGUAAAGAGAAUUCUGCGGAGCACUACUGUAAAAAAUGUAAUGCUUCUGCAAACAGCCAAGAUUCUUUAAUGUAUCAUGUCUUGACAGCUGAAACACACAGAGAUCUGGAGAACAAACUUCGGUCAGUGAUUUCAGAGCAUAUUAAGAAACCAGGACUUGUGAAACAAAUGCAAAUUGCUCCAAAGCCUCUCCAAAGUGUGGCAGUGACUUCUCCAUCUGCAACACCUGCCGCUGCCACAGCAGGUUCUGUCACGGCUCCACCUUGCAUCCAGUUUGCAUUUCCACAGAAUAAUCAAAACCAGAGUGUGGUGCAGCCAAAAGCCAUUCAAAACACAGUUGGAUCACUGACUGUUCCAAGUGCCUCUGGUAGCCUUCCACAUACAACUUCUGCUCCAGUUGUUACCCCCUCACAUGUUACUCUUGUAUCUAAUAAUCUUUUUGUAGGUCAGAAUAACAUGAAUAUUCAGCCAUCACCUUCCCAGUCUAUCAUUGUUUCUCAUACACUCCCCCUUAAUCAGCCUGUGGGGACUGUGGCCCCUGCAGUUCUUCCUCUUAAUCAACCUGUCAGGCCUGGGCUCUUUCCUAUUAAUCAACCCAUUGGUACCAUAAAUGGUACGGUUGCAAGUGGAACACUACCUGUUACUCAGCCUGUCAGCCCUGUCAAUCAACCAGUUGCACCAGGAGUUCUCUCUGUCAACCAGUCGUUUGGGAAUGUGAGUAGUCCCAUUAGUCCCAGGGUCCUUCCUGUGGCACAGACGGUUGCGUCAGGUGUUCUCCAGCUUAACCAGCCUGUUGCUUCUGGGCUUGUUCCUGUCAGGCAGUCUGUCAGACCUGGUUUUUUUCAGCUUAAUCAACCUGUUGCCCCAGCAGUUAUCCCAGUAAACCAUCCAGUUCAGCCGGCAGUUUCUCAAAAUGCAACUUUUUUGACUCCGGGUUCUAUACUUCGGCAGUUGAUUCCAACUGGUAAGCAGGUUAAUGGGAUACCUACGUACACACUUGCCCCAGUUUCAGUUACUUUGCCUGUACCUCCUGGUGGGGGAGUAGCAACUGUUACACCACCACAAGUACCCCUCCAGCUAAUGCAGGCUGGGACAAUAACUCAGUUGUCCCAGUCACCGGCUAGUGCACCCUCUCCUCCAGUGGUUUUAACAUCUCAGAAUAUAUCAUUACAAGCCUCCCUCCUUGGUCUUGGAACAAGUCAGGAUAUCAGACAGGCUAAGCAGUGGAAGACUUGCCCUGUUUGCAAUGAACUUUUCCCAUCAAAUGUCUACCAGGUGCACAUGGAGGUGGCCCACAAACAGUGUGAAUUAAAAACGGAGAAAACCCCAGCACCUGACAAGCUUGCAGCUUGCGCACCCUUUCUGAGGUGGAUGACAGAAAAGACGGUCCGGUGUUUCUCUUGUAAAUCAUUUCUCUGUGAGGAAGAGCUCAUGAAACAUCUCUUGAUGCAUGGCUUAGCUUGCUUGUUUUGCACAGUUACUUUCCAUGACUUAAAAAGCCUUGUGGAGCACAAUAAAACCACACACAAGGGGAAAAAGCAGUUACAUGCAGAUUACAGCAACAGAGGAUUUCAACUAGGUAAUGAUGCUCAGGGUGACCUUGUAUUUCCUCACUUUGAUUUCAGUACGGUGUUACCAAAAGAAGACAUUGGUGAAAGAGAAGUACAUUUGGCAGUGCUUGCUGGACUAAAUUCAAGGACACUUGUCCCCGUUUACAUCAAAGUAACAGCUCAAACAGCAGAAACGAACAGCAGAUGCAUCAAAAAAGCAUUAACCUGUCCCUUUUGCUAUGGUACGUUUCCUGGUAAAGAAACCUAUGAAAUGCAUUUGAAAGAGAGGCAUCAUAUAAUGCCAACUGUACAUACUAUUUUAAAGACUCCUGCUUUCAAGUGCAUCCACUGUUGUGGUGUGUACACUGGAAAUAUGACUCUAGCAGCUAUCGCUGUACAUUUGCUCCGUUGUAGAAGUGCUCCCAAAGACAGCAACUCAAGUGUGAAGAUGCAGCUUGAGCUUACUGAGAAGAAAGAGCUACUGUUUGUAAAUGGUGAAAAGCAUGAUUCUGUGACACUGAAAAGAAAACAAUCGGAUUCCUGCUUUGUUGCAGAAGACCAAAGGAAUAAGGAACAGCAGCCUCUGAGCUUAAGUACUGGCAUAGCUCUAUCUGCAGAAAAAGAAGUGAAUUCAGGGGUAGUGCCUUUUAAACGACAGAAGAUUAGGACUGAUAUGAAGAAGCUUCCUUCUAGUGAGGAUCUUCGUCUUCUAGCAGUGGAUCCUAAGCAGUAUGAUCACAAUUCGUAUGAGGCUCAAAAGCAGUUUUUGACAGACUACUUUCACAAGAGACCAUAUCCUUCUAAGAAAGAGAUGGAAUUACUUUCCUCGCUGCUGUAUGCAUGGAAAAUUGAUGUUGCAUCAUUCUUUGGAAAAAAGAGGAAUAUAUGCUUAAAGGCGAUGAAUAAUCACAAACCAUCUGUGCUGCUGGGUUUCAGUAUGUCUGAACUAAAAAAUCUUAAGCACAGUUUGAACCUAAAAGACAAAGCAUUAGAUAUGUAA